CGUGCGCGUUCCUCCUGCGCAAACCCCAGGUUGCCGGGUGCCAUGGUUUCCAGCAUCACACGCGCGGCUUUCCUGUAGCCAGCAGCGCAACAACAAAAGAAGAUGCCAGCUCUUGAAUUCCCUGCCAUUUUCACGCCCGCGAAUUAGAGGACGCGCUCGGACGCGAGAGGAAACAGACGCAGAUGGUGGAAUAGUGAGAAAUCCGUCGCGUUGCCUCUGACGCGUUUGCGGAUCAUUCUUCUCAGCUGACGCGGCGGAACGGCACCGACUGCUGUAACGUUACGCGCAAGAUCGGGCCGAAUUUUGCGCACAUUUCACCGUCAGGAAAUGAGUAUAGAAAUCCCCGAGGGCUUGACGGAGCUUCUGCAGAGCUUUACCGUGGAGGUCCUGAGGAACCAGCCGGGAGAUCUGCUGGAGUUCGCGCUGCAGUACUUCACGCGCCUCAAGGAGAACGAGAGCCGCGGCGGCGCGUUUGGCAAUGAGCACAAUUCAGCCGCGCGAGCGGGGAAAGCCGUCAACUUCAUCGAGGAGGCCAUGCAGAUCGACUCCGAAAACGGAGAGGACGAGGACGAUGAUGAAGAAUUCGUAGCUCCGGUUAUCAACAGAUUUGUCCGGAGAGCUUCUGUUUGUGCGGAGGCGUACAACCCUGAUGAGGAUGAAGAGGAGAGAGAACCCAGGGUCACUCACCCCAAAACAGACGAGCAGAGACAGAGACUACAGGAAGCCUGCAAAGACAUCCUACUGUUCAAAAACCUGGACCAGGAGCAGAUGUCACAAGUCUUGGAUGCCAUAUUUGAGAAGGUAGUGGUGACCGGAGAGCACAUCAUCGAUCAAGACGACGAUGGUGACAACUUCUACGUCAUUGAGAGAGGGACGUUUGACAUUAUGUUGAAAGCGGAUGGCACCACGCGGACCGUGGGCUCUUAUGACAACCGUGGGAGCUUUGGAGAGCUGGCCCUCAUGUACAACACACCGAGGGCCGCCACCAUCAUCGCUACCUCACCUGGAGCCCUGUGGUGCCUCGAUCGGUUGACAUUCAGAAGGAUCAUCUUAAAAAACAACGCAAAGAAAAGAAAAAUGUACGAGGCUUUCAUCGGGACUCUUCCUCUGCUCACGUCACUGGAGGUUUCAGAGAGAAUGAAGGUUGUUGAUGUCUUGUCAACCAAAGUGUACAACAGUGGGGAACAGAUCAUUGCUCAGGGUGAUUUGGCGGAUUGUUUCUACAUCGUAGAGUCAGGACACGUUAGGAUCACUAUGAAGAGGAGCAAAUCGAAAAACGACACUGAAGACGAGGAGGUGGAAAUCGCCACAUGCUCAAGAGGCCAGUAUUUCGGAGAGUUGGCGCUCGUCACUAACAAGCCACGGGCGGCUUCUGCAUACGCCAUGGACAACGUCAAAUGCUUAGUAAUGGACGUGCAGGCCUUUGAGAGGUUAUUAGGCCCCUGCAUGGACAUCAUGAAACGAAACAUAGCCAAUUACGAGGAGCAGCUGAUCACGCUCUUCGGGAGUCACAUCGCAAUAGAGGAGCCGAAUGCAUGAAAUCAGUUAAUCAAUAAACAGCGCAAACUUAUAAUGCAAUGUGAACGAUGAGAAAAUGGUAAGUAGAGGCCUGUCAUCACGGCAGAGAAAUGUGUUAACAUACUGUAGGUCAUAAGCUUGAAGUUAUUGUUUUGCAUUCACAGAUGUGAAACUCCGGUGUGUGUCACCGAUCAUGGUUUUUUUUUUUUUGAUGUGAAAAGCCAAAUGUGAGAUCUUUCCUCCAGGGUACUCAAGGUUUAUGGGAGAUUCCUCGUGGUUAUUUGGUUUGGGGAUUUGGUACCGGUGUGUUCAUCUUAAUUUUUCUCGGUUUUUAAACUUGGUUUGUGUUUCUUUCACAUGCUGCAUCUUUUCCACACAAAGAGUGUGUUGUUAUGCCAUAUACAGCACAGUAAUAUGUUCAUUUAUUCUUUUAAAGCUAUACUACUGAAUUUUAAAAUCUGCUGUUGAGCAUUUGUCAGUGUUUUCAGUGUUAAGCAAAACAUUUUUACUGCGAAUAUUUUUGACUAAACAUGAAAUGUGAACAGUUACUUAUAAUGAAUUAUGAACUACACGCCAGAGUUUGAAGUCAACAUGAAAACUAAACUGAGCAUAUUUACUUGGAGAACAUUAAUAAUAAAUAAACGUUUGUAUUAAAAAUUGCAAUGCCUCUAAAACAAUAUUUGUUUUCAGAUGAAGUCAUAAAUGUAUUCUGGUAUGAAACACUACUUUUUCAAACCCCCCAAUCAAUUCUGAUGAAUUUUUCUUGUUGAAUAUCCUAUUUAACUUAUUAAUACUUCAGAUUGCUGAAGUAAAAUGAGUUGCAAACUGUUUCACGUUGACUUUUAUACUCAAGUUUCAUUACAUUUCCAUGAGUUAGUAAACUUUUAGAUUGCUUGAGAAUCCGAUAUGAGAAAAGGAGAUGGAGAUGCACAGACUCGAUUACAUAUAAAAAAAAAUUUAAAAUGCAGUCUGAAUAUUAUUGCACUUUGAUGCCAGUGUAACGAAAAUACCUAAUUUAAUGGAAUAGUUCAGCCAGAAAUGAAAAUGUAAUCACCCUGAGCCCAUCCAAGAUGUGGAUAAGUUUGUUUCUUGAUCAGAUUUGGAGAAAUGUAGCAUUACAUUACUUGCUCAGCAAUGGAUCCUUUGCAGUGAAUGGGUGCCGUCAGAAUGAGAGUCUAAAAAAAUAAUCUCAAUUAAAUCAGGUGUAUUACUUGUGGAUUAUUGUGAUGUUUUUAUCAGCUGUUUGGACUCUCAUUCUGACGGCACCCAUUCACUGCAGAGGAUCCACUGUUGAGCAAGUGAUACAAUGCUACAUUUCUCCAAAUCUGAUGAAGAAACAAACACAUCUACAUCUUGGAUGGCCUCAGGGUGUGUACAUUUUCAGCAAAUUUUCAUUUCUGGGUGAACUUGAGGUUGCACAGCGCUACAUGUUUUUAAUUCCUUGUUUUUGCACAAUCUUUUAGAGAAACUCCUCGCCGUCACAUAAGAAUACCGUGUAUCUUCAGUUUUAAAAUGGUGUAGCACAUUUUUAUGAAUUGUUCUUCAGUUUUUGUUUUUUUUUAAUAACUAAAGCAUUUCACAGUGAAUUGAGAUGUAUUCAACAUGCACAAAUUGUACAUUCACAUUCGUUUUCUAUAUGCUCAUAAAGUUACCGAUGACAUUUGCUCUCUCUGAAAAAGUCUGAAUGAUUCCUCUCUUUUCCUGUGUAAAUUUUUGAGUUACGUUUAAUUUGUUUCUGGUAGCUUUUGUUAUUCUAUUAUUAAUGUUCUUCGAAACAAUUGCUUUAUUCUUCAUUUCUGCAGUAUUUGGACACCGUUUUUUCUCUCUAUCUCUUGAUGUAUGAGAAGUUUGUCCUUGUUGAUUGGAUCUUUUGCUUCACAGCAAGUCAUAUGCAUUACUAGUAGUAUCCAUUUCUUCCUACAACAUUUCUGAAUUCAUUACUGUCUACCUCUGAUAUGAACAGCUUAGCCAUCCUCACCUCUUCCCAUGUAGAUCCCCACAGGUUUGUCUGUUGGUAAACUUACCUGUAGUGAAUCCCUAAACCAUAUCUGUGUGUCAGUGUAGCUUUACACCAUUUCGACCCGGUUCACCGGGGACAGGGAAUGACUUUGAAUUGCCAAUCAGUGCUCAUUUCUGUACCAUUUCUGUGUGAAUUUCUGCCGCCUAAUUGAGAAGUCGCUAAUGCUUUUUAUGUCCUGAAAAUGGAUCAAAGGUCUACACUCUCUUGGUGCAAGAGAGCCCAGUACUAUACCGUCAGUUAUAUUUGACUUUCCAUUCAAAUAAAGAACAAUUUUGUAUUUAAAAAA